GUCCCCCAACAACUAAAUCCGCUCUAGUCUUCCAACAAACCCAAGCAGCACCUUCUUCAAAGGCUCCCACGCCUUCAUCAUGUCGGCCUCCAGCUGCUGCCGCCCAGCCGCAACUAGCUGGCCGACUUCCUUUAUCGGCACGGCGCCUCGUUUCCUCGAAAAUUUUGCUUGCAAACAAAGUUCUCGAAGUAUGGUGUCUCCACAUAAGAUAACUGCACUAUUUUGGGGAUCUAAGAGGACUGCAGAGCAGCGAGAGCUGAACCCAUCGCUAGGGACAUUUACUCUUACAGGGUCUGCCCGAGAGGAUGUAUCAGGCCCAGGAAGGAGGCCCCAACAACUCUCUGUUUCAGUUGUUUCAUCCCUAUCAGAUAUUUCUUCCAAGGACUGGGAUGCAUGUGCAAUGGAUGCAGCUGGACCUGAAAAGCUUAAUCCUUUCCUUACUCAUGCUUUCUUAUCGAGUUUAGAAGAAUCAAAAUGUGCGGUGAAGGAAACGGGGUGGCUGCCUCAGCAUGUUGUCGCUCAGGAUGAAUUUAGAAAUACUCUAGGUGUUGUUCCCCUUUAUCUUAAAAGCCAUUCAUAUGGAGAAUUUGUUUUUGACCAUUCAUGGGCUGAUGCGUACUACGGAUAUGGUGUUCAAUACUAUCCCAAGUUACAAAGUUGCAUUCCCUUUACUCCUGUUACUGGACAAAGAAUAUUGGUUCGUAAUUCUUGGUACAAAGAUCAGGUUUUUGGAAUUUUGGUUCAGGCAUUGAAGGACCUGACUGAGAAGUUUCAGGUGUCAUCAUUACAUGUAACCUUUCCAUCGGAAAGUGAAUGGAAGCAAAUGAAAAAUUUUGGAUUUCUACAGAGAAUAGGAAUGCAAUAUCACUGGAAAAACCGUAACUACAAAAAUUUUGAUGAAUUUUUGAUGGAUAUGAAGCAAAGUAAACGAAAAACUAUCCGUCAAGAGAGGAAAAAGAUACUUGCCCAGAAUUUAAAAAUGAAGCGCCUUCGUGGGGAUGAAAUUAAGGGUUCAUCCUUCCACUCUCAUUACUUUUUGUUCCCAGUCUCUCACCCACCAAAAAGGCUAAGCAUUGGGACUCGUUUUACCAAUUCUACAGGAACACAACCGACAAUAAGUGAGGUUAUUUUUUACAGAUUUUACCAUGGUUUCUUGUAUGUAAUUGUUUCCUAAUGCAGGUUCUUUCAGUAUUC